GCCACAGCAGCCACAGCGACCUCCGACUCUCUGCCGACAAUGAGUGCUACACCCGUUCCCUGCCAGUCCUCGAACUGCAUCAAGGACCGUCCCCCGUCCCGUCUAGAGUGCCCUACGUGCAACAAGCUCGGGAUCAAGGGCUCCUUCUUCUGUUGCCAGGAAUGCUUCAAGGCCAACUGGAAAACGCACAAAAUCAUCCAUGACAUCGCCACCCCGAGGCAGCCUUUGCUUGAUGAUCCCAAUAUCAACAAAGAUGGUACCUUCAAUCCCUUCGGUACCUUCAAGUUCACCGGGCCCUUGCGUCCCGUCUACCCUCUCUCGCCCAAGCGAGAGGUGCCCGCGCACAUACCGCGGCCAGACUACGCGGAAGACGGCAUCCCCACGUCGGAGAACAGAAAACUCGGGCUCCCGCCCCGGAUCCUUGCCCCUGAGGAAAUCGAAAAGAUGCGCAACGUGUGCAAAUUGGCGAGGGAAGUGCUCGACAUUGCCGCCGCGGCCAUCCGUCCGGGCAUAACGACCGACCAGAUUGACGCGAUCGUGCACGAAGAAACAAUCAAGCGUGACGCGUACCCGUCCCCUCUCAACUACCGCCACUACCCCAAGUCCGUGUGCACGUCUAUCAACGAGGUGAUCUGCCAUGGCAUCCCCGACCAGCGUAAGCUGCAAGAGGGUGAUAUCAUCAACAUUGAUGUUACGCUAUACAAGGAUGGUUACCACGGCGACCUCAACGAGACCUACCCCGUCGGCCGCGUAGACGAAGACUCGCAGCGCCUCAUGCGCACCGCCCACAAGUGCCUCCACGAAGCCAUCAAGCUCUGCAAGCCCGGCGCGCUCUUCCGCGACCUCGGCAAGACCAUCGAGCCGAUUGCGCGUCAGAACGGCUGCUCCGUCGUGCGCACGUAUUGCGGCCACGGCAUCAACGACCUCUUCCACACCGCGCCGAACGUGCCGCACUACGCGAAGAACAAGGCCGUGGGCACGAUGAAGGCCGGCAUGACGUUUACCAUUGAGCCUAUGAUCAAUCUCGGCCACUGGGAUCUGGAGCACUGGCCGGACGACUGGACGUCCACGACGAUCGACGGCAAGCGCAGCGCGCAGUUCGAGGAGACCUUGCUCAUCACGGAUACCGGUGUGGAGAUCCUCACGGGUGGCAGGUCUCGAGAAGACCUGCUGUAGCGCUGUGAACAUGAUGUUUUGUCCUACUGUCUGGUGUUUCGCACACCGCUUGUAAUCCCAGUCCCAUCCUGUUGUUGAUUUAGGUGAAUCGACGCUAUCCCCCGAUUC